AUGAAGAUGUCUAACGCUGACAUCGUCUUAAACGCCACCGAUCGGAUGGUGAAAUCGGUCCCCUUCCCCCUGAGCCACCGCCUCACUUUGAAGGAAGUGUUUGACUCAGAAGGCAAGCCUCGGGUGGAUCUCCUGAAGGCCCACCUCACCAAGGAGGGCCGCGUAGAGCAGGCGGUGGCGCUGCGCAUCAUAGAUGAGGGGGCGGCCAUCCUGCGACAGGAGAAAACCAUCCUGGACAUCGAGGCACCGGUUACAGUGUGUGGGGACAUCCAUGGGCAAUUCUUUGAUCUUAUGAAGCUGUUCGAAGUGGGAGGAUCACCAGCGACAACACGCUACCUGUUCCUCGGGGACUACGUUGACCGCGGCUACUUCAGUAUUGAGUGUGUUUUAUACCUUUGGUCGCUGAAAAUCCUCUAUCCAAAGACUUUAUUUUUACUUCGUGGAAAUCAUGAAUGUAGACAUUUGACAGAAUAUUUCACCUUCAAACAAGAAUGUAAAAUCAAGUACUCAGAGCAGGUCUAUGACUCAUGUAUGGAUGCAUUUGACUGCCUUCCCCUGGCUGCACUCAUGAACCAGCAGUUUCUGUGUGUCCAUGGUGGACUCUCACCUGAAAUACACACCUUAGAUGACAUUAAAAAGCUGGACCGAUUCAAGGAGCCCCCAGCCUUCGGGCCCAUGUGUGACCUGCUGUGGGCUGAUCCUCUGGAAGACUUUGGCAAUGAGAAAACCCAGGAAUAUUUCAGCCACAACACAGUGCGAGGCUGCUCCUAUUUCUACAGUUAUCCGGCUGUCUGUGAGUUCCUACAGAGCAAUAACCUAUUAUCAAUUAUUCGAGCGCAUGAAGCACAAGAUGCAGGCUACCGCAUGUACCGCAAGAGUCAGACGACUGGAUUCCCCUCGCUCAUCACCAUCUUCUCAGCGCCCAACUACCUGGAUGUUUACAACAACAAAGCUGCUGUGCUGAAGUAUGAAAAUAACGUCAUGAACAUCCGACAGUUCAACUGCUCCCCCCAUCCCUACUGGCUGCCCAACUUCAUGGACGUGUUCACCUGGUCUCUGCCAUUUGUUGGAGAGAAGGUCACAGAAAUGCUGGUGAAUGUGCUGAGCAUCUGCUCCGAUGAUGAACUCAUGAUGAAUGAUGAAGAAGAAGAAGAGAUCUUUGAUGCCAAUGCAGCUGCCGCACGUAAGGAGGUGAUCAAGAACAAGAUCCGAGCUAUUGGGAAAAUGGCCAAAAUGUUCCAAGUUCUCAGAGAGGAGAGUGAAAAUGUGUUGACGCUGAAGGGCCUGACGCCCACUGGCAUGCUGCCGAGCGGGGUUCUCUCUGGAGGCAGACAGACACUGCAGAGUGCCACCAUUGAAGCCAUUGAAGCCAUCGAGCCGCCUGAUGAGGACGGAGAAGCGAUCCGUGGCUUCUCCCCCCAGCACAAGAUCAACAGCUUUGCCGAGGCCAAGGGCCUGGACCGCAUCAACGAGCGCAUGCCACCUCGCCGGGAUGGGGUGAACCAUGUGGGUCACUCCAUGGGGAAGAUGAAUAUGUCGGAGGCAAAUGGCACGGAUGACAACAGCAACAUCCAGUGA